AUGCCUCGGAUUAAACUUCUUCUGCUUCUCAUCAUCUUCCACUUCGCAAUUGCUGAAAAAAUACCUCUGAACAGUGAAUCUUGUGCUCCUGGAAACUUUGUUCAUGAACGUAAGGCCUUGUACUACUCGUGGAGUCGAAUGGUUGUUGGAUAUGUUGAUACCUGGAAGAGUAAAGAGUGUGUCAGUGGAAACUCGAACCCAUUAUCCUGCGGAAUCACCUAUUUCUAUGUUGCUAUCAUAAAUUUUGAAGAUGACAAAGGAAAUAAUAGAAUCGAUGCUUCGAAACUCACUGUGAAAUGUUCGGAUAACAUGAUUUAUUCAGCUAUGGAACUUCCAAAAGGAGUCGAACCCAAUAUUCUUUACAAGAGUUAUCUCAAUUGCCAAGGAGAUAUCACUGUCGAUUAUGUUCCUCCACAUAUGGUUUAUCUGAAGUUCAUUUUGAUCAAAGCCAUGUUCUUGAGCCAAGACAUCUUCUUGUAUCUCCUCAUUUGUGUAAUCUUCGUGGAGAUGUUCAAUCGUAUAAUGUGA